AUGUCUCCUGUGUCAGUCAUGGCUUCCUCCAGCAGUGUCCUGUGUGAAGAUCAGCUCCAGUGCUCCAUCUGUCUGGAUGUGUUCACUGAUCCAGUCUCUACUCCAUGUGGACACAAUUUUUGUAUGAUCUGUCUCAAACAGUUCUGGGACAGCAGUUCACCCUGCCAGUGUCCGAUAUGUAAAACCUUUUUUGCAAAAAGACCUGAACUAUGUGUGAAUACGUUCAUCUCUGCACUGGCUGCUCCAUUUAGGGAGUCUAGCAAAUCCAGCAGCACUGCAGAUGAGCGUCCUUCCAAGACUAAGAAGGUUGUGUGUGACUCCUGCACUGAGAAAAAGCUGGAGGCUGUAAUGUCCUGUCUGCACUGUGGAGUUUCUUUCUGUAACACUCAUCUUAUACCCCAUAAAACUACAGCUAAACUUAUGAAGCACAAACUUAUGGAGCCAGUGGAGAACCUUCAGGAUUACAUUUGUCAAAAACAUGAGAGACCCCUGGAGCUGUUCUGUAGAGACGACCAGACGUGUGUGUGUCAGUUCUGUACUGAGGGAGACCACAGAACUCACGACACUGUUCCUAUAGAGGAGGCGAGUGCAGAGAAGAAGAUUCAGUUGGAAAAGACACAAGCAGAAGUUCAGCAGAUGAUCCAGGAGAAACUGAAGAAGAUUGAGGAAAUCAAACACACUGUAGCACUCAUGGAAAAAAACACAGAGGAGGAGAAAGUAGAUAUCGUGGAGAUCUUCAGUGCUCUGAUGAGCUGCAUUGAGAGAAGACUGGCUGAGCUGCUUGGGGUGAUGGAGGAGAAGCAGAAAGCAGCAGAGAGGCAGGCUGAAGAGUUCAUUAAAGAUCUGGAGCAGGAAAUCACUGAGCUAAAGAGGAGAAACACUGAGCUGGAGCAGCUCUCACACACUGAGGAUCACCUCCACCUCCUACAGAUUUACCCGUCACUGUGCAGCCCUCCACACACCCAGGACUGGACUGAUGUCACUAUUAACUCUCAGCUCAGUGUGGAGACCAUGAGGAGAGUGCUGUCUCAGAUUCAUCAAACCGUUCGUGUGGAAAUAAAGAAGCUCGCGGCUUCUAUUAAACUGAAGAGAAUUCAACAAUAUGCAGUGGAUGUGACUCUGGAUCCUGAUACAGCGAAUCCUUAUCUUAUCCUGUCUGAUGAUGGGAAACAAGUUACAUGUGGAGACAAGAGACAGGAUCUCCCUGAUAACCCAGAGAGGUUUAAUCAAUGUUAUUAUGUGUUGGGAAAGGAGGGAUUCUCCUCAAGGAGAUUUUACUUUGAGGUGCAGGUCAGUGGGAAGACCGCCUGGAAUUUAGGAGUGGCCAGAGAGUCUAGUAACAGGAAAGGGAACAUUACAGCCUGUCCUAAGAAUGGAUAUUGGUGUGUGUGCUUAAGAAAUAUGACUGACUAUUUAGCUUGUGAGUCAUCUCCUGCCUGCCUCUCCUUGCCUUACUUUCCUGAGAAGGUGGGGGUGUUUGUGGAUUAUGAGGAGGGUCUGAUCUCCUUCUAUGAUGUUGAUGCAAAGUCUCAUAUUUACUCUUUUACUGGUCAGACUUUCACUGAGAAACUUUAUCCAUUAUUCAACCCCUGCUUUAUUGAUAGAGGUAACAGUUCAGCACCACUGGUCAUCUGUCCUGUUAGUCACAUAUUGGCAUAAUUUUUGAAUAAUUGUAUUAUUCAUA